AUGAAAGACAUUGAACUGAUCAAUCAGAAGAAGCCUGAAAUUCAGAACAAGUCUGCAGAGAAACAAAGAUCAAGAUAUUCUGCAACAGAUCACUUAUCCUCUCAGAUCUGUGAUUCAACAGAUGCCAAUGAAUUAAUGGGUCAAAUUCUCAAUGGAAAAGUCAAAUUCAAAAGCCAUGCAAGGGUUGGAGUCUCUGAACCAGUUCAGCCUGAGCUAAAGAUCAAUUCCAGUCAACUUACUUCAAAGCCCAUGGUGCCAAAAUCCAAAACAGCAUAUGGAAUGUGUUUGUUAUAUGCGCCAGUCACUAUAAACCAACAAGAAUUAAUGGUGUUGAUCAAUACUGGUUCAGAAAUUAAUUUGUUGUCUUGGAAGUAUGCUGAAAUGUUGAAAUUGCCAAUGGAAAAUAAGCUCAACUUAUUCUUGGAAGAUCUUGGUAAUUUGCUGCCUGUUGGAGGUGCAACACCUCAGAAGACAGCAGAAUGGGUGCCUGUGGAUACAAGGCCUGAGGAGGAUGAAGAAGAUAUGAUGAAGACAAUGGGUAUAAGAAUUAAUAAUGAGAAGGUUGAAGGUCAGGAGAUUGAAAAGAAUAGAGAAGUUGGGAGUGUUGGCAGCAUUGCUGGUGUUGGUGCUUACAGUGAUGAGGAGAAAUAUAAUUCCAGCAUUGGUGAAUCCAAAAGUGUGCUAAGUCUAAUCAGAUUAACCAGUGCACUGGUGAAUCAAAUGAACCAAUCAGAAGACAAGAAUAAUUUUGCAUCAGAAGUUUGGAUUUUCCAACCUCUGCUUUCUAAUCCAGACAGUGUCACAGCUCACUGCAAACAUUACACAUGUGAUAUAAAUUCCAGUUUAAUUCACAAACCUAUUUCACAAAGUACUCAAUUAAUUUACACAUCUCUGAACAAAAAUUAUGAUUUUGUCACAAAGAAAUUGUGUCAGAUAGAUAUUUUUAAUUGUGGAUGGGACAUUGAGCUGUCUUCUUCAGAGAUCUGGAGAGUGUGCACUGCUUAUAAGCAGAAAGCUAAUAAGAUAAAGCUAUUAGCAUCUGGAAAAUCUGAUGGAAGCAAGCUGGAAGGCCUAGAUAAUUGA